UAUUUGUUCGUUACUGUUGUUGCUUUGUUAAUUGUGGAAUUGUAAUUCAUUGAAGAUUCGAAUCGGAGAAAAUGGAAGUUGAACUUAAAUUCAAUGCGUGAAAGCAGUGUGGUGUGAUUCCUCCCGAGGUCGGAGUUGGAUUUAUAGUAAAUUGAUGAAUUAAAUUAUAUAAAAUGGAAAUUGAGCUCACUACAGUGUGUAAAAACAGCGUGGAAGGAUUCCCCUCGAGGACUGAGUUGAAUUUUGGCAAUGUAUAUCCGUGUCAAGCGCAGUAGGACAACCUACUUUAUUCAGUGUGAACCAACUGAGACAAUUUUACAAAUCAAGGAGAAAUUGCGGGUUCUUAUAGAUCAACCUGUAAAUGAUCAGCGCCUGAUUCUAUUGGAAACUAGGGAGGUUUUGGAUGACACAAAGUCAUUGGCGGAUCAGAAGGUUGAGAAUGAUGCUGUAGUGGCACUGACUCUGAAACAAGAUGAUAAUAACGAAUUUGAGGACGUGAAUGUGGUGAGACCGGAUGAUUUUUACCAAUCCCGCGAUCCAGACAGCAGCACCAAUUGGUGAUUCUGGGAUUUACUCGGACUAUCGUUGCUUUGACAUAAACAUCUGUAUGCUUUGUACACAUGGAGUUGAAAUAGAAGUACUGCUUUCUUUAACCCAUUUGUGGAUAAAUUGUACUUGUACCAUUUUAAAAUUUUGCCUUUAGUUUAUCUUAUUCUUUCC